UCUCAUUUUUGCUCUAUAUGAUAUGGAGGAAGAAAGGCAAAUAUCUAAUGCAGCUGACUUUCCUUUAAACACACCAGGAGAUGUAGAGGUAUGUCCUAUUACAUUGACUGUUUAAAGAAUUAAUAGCUCUGCACGUCUACUCUUUGAGCCCUGGAUUUCACCUGUGAAGACUGCAUUUGUUGUUAAAAAGGAUAAACCAACAUGAAAGGAGUAGUAGCAGAAUGAAUUCAGAAGUCUACAGAAAUAUUCUGUCUUCCAAUAUACAGAGAAAUGCAUCCAAUCUAAUUGGGAGGAACUUCAUCAUACGGCAAGACAACGACCCAAAACACACUGCCAACACAACAAAGGACUUCAAACAAAGGAGGGGGACAAAGUGGAAGCUUUUAGACUGACCAAGUCAGUCAUGAUACCUUAAAAGGACCGACCCAGAAUCCAGUUUUUGUCAACUACUUUGACAAAAUAUCUUUAAUUUCAUGUUACAAUUUAUGGCUUUAGGAUGUUGCCAGAUUGUUGUGAAUCGUUUUUCAGAAAGUGGAAUAUCCAUGGAUGCAGAAAUGGUGCCACUACUUGGUACAGAUGCUUCUGGGAAGGGUGAGCCAGCCUCUUUAACCCAGUUGAGCAUGCAUUUCACCUCCUGAAGAGGAGCUUGAAGAGAGAAACCCCCAAAACAAACAAGACCAGAGAGAAAAGGCCCGUUGGCGCCUGGACAUGAACCGUUAUGCCACUAAGAAGAGCACGGCCCAGAGCAUGCUUGACAUGGCUCUACUGAUGGCCAACUCCUCUCAGCUAAAGACUGCACUGCAGGAAGGACCUGAGUACCGAUUCCAUCUCAUUGCACUCAUCAUUCUGUCCCUCACACUCCAGGUCAUUGUUGGCCUCCUCCUGAUGUUCAUUGUGAAACAUAACCUGAAUGAUGAAAGGAAGCAACCUAAGCUGAACAUGCUGAACAAUAUGGCUACAGUUUUUGUCUUCAUUACUCUCCUCAUCAAUGUCCUUAUCACCGCCUUAGGUUCUCAUUCUGGUCAGUAAGGGUGUGUAUGUUUUGUUUUUAAACUCAAUUGUUGGACCCAAUUUCUAGGGUAGUGUUGGUUAUCUGAGCCCUGUGAUGACCUGACGACUUGUCCAGGGUGUACCCCGCCUCUCUCCUAUAGUCAGCUGGGAUAGGCUCCAGCUUGCCUGCGACCCUGUAGAACAGGAUAAGCAGCUACAGAUGAUGGAUGGAUGUUGGUUAUUUGUUCAGGUAAAUUAUGUGCAUUUGUUUAGUUACAAAUGCAUAGCUUUUAUUAAUAGUAGGAUGUAGAAAGUAAGAGAAAGCAUUUUAGCAAUAUUUAACAGUACAAUAUUUACAUUUGUGACAUUUAGCUCAUGUACUGGUGUGCUUUCGUUUGUCUGUAUUUUGGUACCUACUGUUUCUCCGUAUUGUUCUGCUUACCUAGUUUAAUGUAUUGGCAGACAUUUAACUAAUUAAAAUGUUACAUUUGUUCACUUUCAGGAGUUAUUUAAUGGUGUACACUGCCAGUCCUCAAAUUGACUCUCCUGGGAAUUACUAAAUUACAUUCAUACAUUAUAUGCUGCUGAUUGGAAGGAUGGCGGUUAUUUAGACAUGAAUGGAAUCUGAGAUGGCCUGUUAAUAAAAACAUUCUUAAAAGCUUACAAAAACAUUUUCAUUAAAAUAUGUUCAUUUAAAGUGUCAUUUAGGUUGCUAUAAGCACAGUAGUAGACAAUAAAUGGUUGUGUUUUGGACACAAUUUUAUUUUAUAA